GCGGUGGGUGGAACUGCCCGUGAGGUCUGACUGAUGAGCGGGAACGGAGGAGCAAAUCGAGGCCUCCUCUUCUUUCAUCGGUCUCUGCUCGUGAGCAAAAUGUGAAGACUGGCUCCAGUACACCAUAUCUCAAAGCUAGUCUGCCUAGUACGUUGUAGCUUGUGGAGUUUUCAUACACUUCCUCUCCAGCCAUGCCGUUCAUGAGGAUCGGAGGUACUUGUUUGACUGGGUAGUCGUUGGAGGAACGUGGGUCCUCUCUCUCUCCACAUUGGAUUUGUAGCAGCCGCGAGGAAAGACAGUGAGUGGAGUGGAGUAACGACGUGUGACGCCUUCAGAUCGGCUUAGUUGCCAUUGAGUGUGCUUAAGACGUUGGACCUGAGAGCUUAACACGACGUAGGUCUCGUUUUGUUUUUGUUGAAAUGUUGUUUUAUGGUUAAAUCGAGAUUGGAAAACGAGUCGUCGCAUCACUUCUUGCUUUCAAAUUCAGUUCCAAGAGCUCAUGUGAUUAUCGGACAACGAAGGAGCUCCAGGGAUCAAAAUUUCGAAAAGCAUGUUCAUCAUGUUCCUGGCGAGUGCACUCGUCGAUCCUCUUGGCUAAUUCAGCAAAAUCGCAUUAAGUCCAAGUGCCACCACGCAGGUGUGUGUGUGUGCGUGUGUGUGUUAAUAGCACUGGUGUAUUUAGCGGUCUAAAAAUGAGGAACAAUUCCUUUGACACCAAAGCAUGUAACCCCGAAUCUGGAGUUAGGCCAAUUCCUCCAGUGUCCUCAAAAACUACUCCACCUACCUCUCCACCUUCACGUGUUAUUACAUCGCCGAAAGGAUCCUCCAAGGCCAGUUCUGGUUCAAGUUCCAGCUCGAGUGCCACGGGAGCCGUCAACAAAGAGAAGACCAUUUGCACGGUGUGCGAGGUUGAAUCUGACAACCAUCAUGUUCAUUAUGGUGCACUGGCGUGUUUCAGCUGCCGGGCUUUUUUCCGGCGAGCUCACAAUAAAGGCGAUGGGAUCCCGGGAUAUGUUUGCAAGAAAGAUGGAAAGUGCAAUGUCACGGCUAAAAAUCGAAAAAAAUGCCAACGAUGUCGUUAUGACAAGUGUGUUGACAUGGGUAUGAACCCCAGUCUAGUUCUCACUGAUGACCAGAAAAAGGUCAGAUUUAGGAAAAUGCUCGAGAAAAAAGGUUCUUUAGGGUUUCCAAGAAAACGAGCCAAUAACCAGCCAUCUUCCAGUGACGAAGAUAGCGGGGACGAGGAUGAAAAAGGAGCCUCCGGUCAAGAAGCAAGAGAAAAGAAGGCUUAUAAAGAGGAGAAGCCUACAUCUUCCAAUAUUUAUCAAGGAUAUCCAUUUCCCGACCUAGGCUUUGUGGGGGCCAGCGACUUCUCAGCGGCGGGUUCAUCAGCCGGAAGAUUGGAACCAAUGACCCAUUUUGGAAAACCAGACUUCUGUGGCACACUUGGAAUACACAGUCGGCCACCAAGUUUAUUCUCCUUCUAUGGCUCGGUUUCGACCAAUCAAAACAUGUGUGUGAAUGACUUUCCAUCAGAGACAGAGAUCAAACAUGAAACAGUGUCAGAGUGUAUCAAUGGAUGGCCACAACAACAUUUCCCAAUGGCAGGAGACAUGGGCUCACCCCUUUUACACCACAAUCAACAACCCCUUCAAUUUAAUCCCCCAUCGCAAGGGAAUGCCAUCAGCAACCUGAAUUUUGACACUACAAUGCAGUCUUUACGUGCUCUUCUAGAGGUUUCCACGGACACCUCUGCCCAACAGUGCAAUAGCGCCAAUUUGUUAGAGCCCUCACCUGAAGCCCUGGAUACACCAAAUCCAGCUCCAAUGGAGCAUUUCCACUCUAAUCCUGAAUCUGCGUCCGAGCAACGUAAUCCAUGGAGUGUCAAUUAUGAGGUCUUUGGCACGAUUGUUCGAAGUUUUGCCACCGUCAUGAAUUUCAUUAGCCUUGAAGCAGACACCCAAGCCAGGUUCAUUACCCUACACUAUGGUGAUGAGAACGCUAUUUCAAUGGAAGAUAUUAAACAAGUGGCUGCCUGCUUUAAGGAACGGUUUAGUCAGUUUGCUCAUCAUUUCCCUCAGUUCCACAACUUACCUCAAGAUGAUCAACGUCAGCUUUUGGAACACAACAGUCCUCUAUUUGUGCAAUACAUUUUGGCUCGAUAUUUUGGGUCCAAAACAGGAUCUGAACAACUAUCCUGGUUGCUGGGAGAAAGCAUCCCUGACAUAAUGGCCUCCAUUCCUUUGUCAAAGGUUUCGCUGGCGUCAAUUAACAAAGUGAUCGGCCUCUUCCAGAAAAGAUGUGAUCUAUCAUCAUAUGAAAACUUAGUCGAACAACUUGGAUCCCUCGGUUUAGGAUUAAUACACAACUCAAUUGUGGCAAUUGUCAUCCUCUUCACACAAACUGAAGAUAUGAACCUGACUGAAGCAAUCAAAGUGCAGGAGGUUUUGGAAAGCAUGGUUGACUUUGCGUCCCAAGCAGAGAAUCUUCGUGCACCAUUAGCUCCAAUUCCCAAGGAAAAGCUCGAAAAGCUAAUUGACAUCCUCAUUGUUAUUUCUAAAUUUUAUUCCAAAGGCACUAUCAAUAACAUGCCACAAACAACAAGUGAACAAUUCAACGAAAUGCGAAGUUCAAAUGACGGAACAAACACAACUCAAGUUCAUUUGCCAAUCAAAACUGAGGAUGUUUAUCCAACAGAGUUGGAAAUGCCUUAUACAAUCGAAGAAGAAGCAUGGCUCAAAAAUCAGCUUCACAUGUUCCAAGCUGCUUAUAGUGAGGUAUCCCUUGGCGACGAUUUGGUAAACGAAUUUGUCAUGUUCACCUAUGACGUACCUUUGUCCAAGCGUUUCGUACCUGCAGAACUUUCGACAUUCAUGGAGAGAACCCGAAGAAUCUUGAAAUUUCAUCCGGAGUUCGAAUGCUUGACGACAACCGAGCAAGCCAACCUACUAAAGAACAACUGUAACAAAGUAGUUGCUCUGUGCUCAGUCAAAUCAGAGUCCUUCCCAACCGGGUAUCAGCAACUUCAGUUUUGUUUUGGAAAUAUGGAUGAGGCCAACUGGAGUCAAAGACUCGCUCCAUUGGUUCAAGAUCAGGAGAUGAAGAAAGUGCUCAUUGCAGACUGGAAUCGAACCACAAAGGCCAUGAGCUCCGAUGAACUUUUCUACUACCUCAAUUCGACUGGCAACUUAGCUUCCAAUUUGGAAGAUUGCGAAACUUUCAAGAUUUUGUCCCUGAUCUCUUUGUUUUCGCAAGACUCUUUUGAGGCACAAAACCAGACACCCAAUGUCAAAAUCAGAGCCGUGGAGAAAAAGUAUACCACCCUUCUUCAACGCAGGGCAAAGGAUUCAUACAACCAGGUGAAAAACUGUCUCGAGAAUGUGAAUGAGUUGGCUAACAUCUUUGAAAAGCUGAGGACUUUCUAAGUCUAACUCACCAAUGACAGGGCCCUAAUGUCUUUGCUUAAGCAAAACCCAGACAUCUCCAAUUGAUAUUUCAAGGAUAAUUCCGUAUCAAUGCUAUUCCUUGAUCUCAAUUCCUGUUUGCAUUCACGGAAAAAACACGCACUUCGAAGGCAUCUUUGUUCAAUAUUUGCUCAAUGUUUUCGGACUUAUUUAAAGAGCCGAUCACUUUCUUCUUGUCGGAGCAAAGCACCCCUGUGUGUUUGGAAUCUAGUCUUUUGUGCUUACAUUCAAACCUACUGAAACAAUUCCCCAAUUGCCCCCCCCCUUCUCUGGCUGACUCACCUUUGAGAAAAAACACGCCCUUCUCUACCCUCUAUUGAAUCCCACACUGACCUCUCACAGUAACAUAAGAUCCACCCAUAAUUGAAUGAGCGAAUGUGAUGUAAGACCCUUGGAAGAAAUGUGAUAAAGCAUGGUGACUACAUCAUGCACAUGGACACCAGAGCCCCUUUAUUGUCCACAAUACGAUUGAAAUGUCCAAUCGUAUGAUACAUAUUUUUACCAAUUUGUCAAUGAGUUACUGACCGGUUUGGAGUGUGUUAAAACUACAUAUUUGCUCAAAUUAUUGAAGUCAAGCUGGCCAAGAUAAAAUCAAGUUAACCAGAAUCAGAAACUUCAAACUUGCAGAAGUCAGUCUCCUCGUUCUUGUAAUGCCCCUUAGGCGUUACUUUUACGUGUAUAGUUCCUACGAAAAAUUCCAAAUUGGCAAGUUUAGAUUUAUUUUUGGGUCCCUGCAAACGAAUUGACUUUUGAUGCAGGAAAGUGAAUCGUAUCAGGUCUCGGAUGUCCGGAAGGAUAUUGCCUAGAUUCUGGUUGAUUUUUUAAUCUUGGAUGGCUCCCCGCCAAUGAAAGAAGUGAGGCAGAUAUUUUGAAAGGGACAAAUGGGAAACAGAAAACAAAAUUUUGAAGAGUUGUAUUUAUUUGAAACGUACAACAAUGGUUUGUUAAAAAAAUGCCCCAAUUCAAAUUUCGUACCUGAUUCCUGUGAGGUGGAUCUUCAGGUUGGUUUGAAUGUGUAAUUGAUUGGAAUUGUGCAGUACUGGAACUUGCUCAUCUUGGGCAGGUUUUAGUUUGCAUCAUGAUCAAAUAACAUUGCCCAUCCACCUCCCUCAUUUGGCCUCUUGAAAAUAGAAGAUUAUGAUUUGUGAUGUUGGUCAGAAGCUCAAAUGUCACAAACCCAGAAAAAUACAAAAAAUGAAAAUUUGAAUUUUGCCACGAACACCGCAUAAAACAGUCUUGUUACACUCAAUGAAUAUAUAGCCAAUAUUGAAUUUGAUUCCCGUCUCAUUCUCAUCCCUAUAAUGUUCAGACCUCGCGCCCCAUUGUGAACGCAUAAAUAAAGCAUCAAGAUCCCAUUGUUUCGGAGAGAACAUGCUAAUUAGUAGAAGAGAGCCGAAUAUUUUUCGAUUGUAAAAUGAAAGCACUAUUUCAUUGUUGGCAUUUCUCCCCUCACCACACUCCCAUCCAUCACAACACCGAGAAUUUGCUUAUCGAUAUAGAAAAGGCCCUGCCUGGCAUGGUUAAAUACUUAGCUUGAAGUAGCGUCAAAUCCCAAAAUUUAUGAAUCUGCUGAAAGGUUUUUCAUCAGGUUUGGUAACCAACGUUGGACCGCCAUUUAGGAAAAAAAAUAAAUUCAGUGUCUUGAUUGUCAUCGUGUACAGUACUCUUAGUUAAAACAUGCUGUAUUUUUGUUUGUUGAGAAUAAACGUGCUAUCGUUUGAUAAA